AUGGUCAACGCCAAAUAUGCCCCCGUGGAACUCCACCCCCAACCAUCUGCAGAACACUCAACGCUCUAUAUUGGAUCCAUUUCGAGUAUAGUUGUGCUGCUGUUUAAUAUGUCAUUCGUCUUGUGGGCUGUGACGCAUCGUGCCCUUGUAAAUGGUCGUGGGGUUUUAUUUACUGGGGAAUGUGACAAGGCACGAAAUAUAAACAGAAGCCUGCAUUUACUUAUAAACAUCCUUUCAACUGUUCUUUUAAGUGCUAGUAAUUACGGAAUGCAAUGUCUGUCCUCCCCCACAAGAAAAGAUAUCGAUCGCGCGCAUCCAAAAAAUAAGUGGCUUGAUAUUGGAGCCCCAGGCAUGCGAAACCUGUCGAGUAUCCCACGGAAGAAGGCUUUGCUAUGGACAUGUCUAGUUCUGUCUUCACUGCCACUGCACCUAAUUUAUAACUCGGCGAUCUUUCUGACUAUGUCUUCCUACGGAUAUUUGGCCUAUAUUAGCGACAAGCCUUUGCCGGACUUUGUGACGGGUAGUCCUAGGCUUUCUCAUGUAAGCCAGCCUUCUACCGGAAUUGACGAGUGGUAUUCUACCUACCAAAGGCUUCAGAACAAGGCUGCCAAAGGACAAAUCGACCUGCUCGACAAUAAAGAUUGCAUCUCUGCCUAUGCCACAAGUUUGCAAUCCAAACACGGUAGUCUGCUGAUACAGACAGAUGACUUUAAUUCCACCACGUUGGACAUUGGCUUUUUAACUACAAACGACGUCAAAGCCUAUGCUCCUCAGAAAGAUCCAUAUAGCUGGAUUUGCGACUACUAUUUAAAUACAAGAGACAUAACCGACAGGGAGGCCGACACGCCGUUCUGUUCGUCUAUGCUUUCUACAAUCUUAUCUGAUCCCGGCUCGUGGAGUGUGACCAAUACCAGUUCUUCCUGCUGGAGUGAACGAUUGCCUGACGUAUGCAAGGUCGAGUAUAGUCUGGUUUGGGCGGUGGUCGUGAUGGCCUGCAACGUUGCCAAGGCCGGGAUUCUAUGUGGACUUUCCCUGUCCCUAAAGGACAUGCCAAUCCUGACCACAGGAGAUGCUGUUGUUUCGUUCCUGCAAAAUCCGGACCCCACGACGAGAGGGGAGUGCCUGCUAUCUGGAAAAUCGGCGGAUCGAGACAUUGUCGAAACCACUUUCAGCAAGAGACCAAGGCGAUGGGCAUCUGCGGUAUCAAAGUCUCGUUGGGUGCUAUGCAUGGCUCUGUUUCUGGCUUCGAUCUGCGUGUGUGUCGGUCUGCUUAUAGCCGGUCUCAUGGGGAUUCAGGAUACAAAUACGAUCUGGAAAAGUGGUAUUAGUACAGUCAAUUCCCAGACUAUGAUCAGUCCAAUUGGGUUUCCGACCACUCUGCUGCCCGUUACUAUCAUAGUCAACACUCCACAAGCAGUGUUCUCGAUGAUCUAUUUCACUACCAACGCUAUUUUCAGUACCAUGGUUCUUUCAAAGGAAUGGACCAGCUACGCCCUCCAAAGAAAAGGACUUCGUGUAUCGACAGCUCCGAAAGGCAGCCAACGGAGCACCUACUUUCUUUCUCUGCCGUACCGCUAUGCACUGCCUCUUCUGGCCCUAUCGACACUCCUUCACUGGCUCAUCUCGGAGAGUCUCUUCUUGGUCAGUGUGGAAAUGUACGAUGCAACUCUUGCGAGAGUUCCGAGUCAAGAUCUUAUCUCAUGUGGAUAUUCACCGCCCGCUAUCGUGAUCUGUCUCUCCACCAGUUGUCUUCUAAUAGCAUAUCUGGUAGGGAUUGGUUGUCGACGAUUCAAAACCGGUAUGCCUGUUGCUGGAAGCUGCAGUCUUGCUAUUUCUGCUGCGUGUCAUUUUGAUGUUCAAGAAAUGAAAGAUCAUGGUCGGGAGAGUGGCUCUCAUAACGAGGUCUUACUAUACGAAGAGCAGCCAGUGGAGACCCUCCCCCUUAAAUGGGGGGUUGUCCCUUUCUAUGGUGAAGGGGUAGGUCACUGCGCAUUUUCAAGUGUGGAGGUUGAGACCCCGAAGGAUGGUGAGAGAUAUGAUUGA